UUUCUUGAUAUCUGGGCAGUUCUAGACUACUACGAAAUCAUUGAGCCCUGCAUGCAAUUUGUCAACACUACACACAAGGUUGACACUAAAUGGAUGGGUUGUUUUACUCAAGAUGUCACUGUUGCCACGAAGGUGCACACUGCUGGAGGUCCUGUUUAG